AUGAAGGGCUCAGCCCUGUUUCACAUCUUGGUUUUUGCAUCCGACGUUCGAGGACCGGUCAGGGAGGGGCUUAAGUAUUUCUCCGCGAGCUUGUCGAAAGGCUUCUACAACCGAUACGGCGGAAGUGAACUUUUCAACAUCAUCUUCGUCACAAAGUGCCUCCCAUUUGAGAUUGCGGAGCGAACGACCGAUACAGAGCUUCGUACACUCGGCGACGUAGCCACCAUCGUCUACGACGAUCGACCACCAGACGAGGACGCUCACUACACCUGGGGUAUCGACCACGCCAAGGGUGCCGUCGUGGUAAUCGGUCCCGAUCUCUGA